AAAAAUCUCUCCUCCUCUCCUUUCUCCUCCUCUUUCUCGAUCUAGAAACGAAUUGGAUUCGGCUACUCAGCCUUGAACCUUAGUCGGUGCUCUCUUUGAUAAUCAGCAGUUGUCGAAAUUUUGGUCUCUAAAAAGAUCGGUGCUCUCUGAAAAUGUCGAAAUUUCUAGAUCCACGAAGGUCCAACACCAAAGUCGCUCACGGAACAGUAAAAACACUGUACACGUGAACAGAAACAGACCCGACGCAAAAUAGUAUAUCGUAUAAUGAAAUAGAAACUGAACACUUUUAAUUAAAAAACACGUUACCGAGGAUGAAAGUAACCACCUGUCCCGUGCCGCACCUGAUUCCUUUCCUCGAAUACUUGAGAGCCUUCUUCUUCUUCUUCCUUUCCUUUUCUUCUCAUUUGUCAACCUGCAACAACUCCUUUCACUGUCUCUUCCCAAACAGAGCUUCCAUCAAUUACCCCUUCGGUUCUUCCAGUUCCAGUUUUGUGAUGGCAACGACGUCGUCCAAUGAGGCAGAGUUCGAGUACUUGUUUAAGCUCCUCAUGAUCGGCGACUCCGGGGUCGGCAAGAGCACGCUCCUCUUGAGUUUCACUUCCAACACCUUUGAAGAUCUCUCUCCAACUAUAGGUGUGGAUUUUAAAGUCAAGCAUGUUACUCUUGGCGGUAAGAAGUUGAAGCUGGCAAUAUGGGACACAGCUGGACAGGAAAGGUUUAGAACUCUUACUAGUUCGUAUUAUAGAGGAGCUCAAGGCAUAAUCAUGGUGUAUGAUGUAACGCGACGGGAUACAUUUACCAAUUUAUCUGAUAUAUGGGCUAAAGAAAUUGACUUGUAUUCCACAAGCCAAGAUUGCAUCAAAAUGCUUGUUGGAAACAAGGUCGAUAAGGAAAGUGAAAGGGUAGUCAGCAAGAAAGAGGGGUUGGACUUUGCAAGAGAAUAUGGAUGCCUUUUUCUUGAGUGUAGUGCAAAAACACGUAUAAAUGUAGAGAAAUGCUUCGAGGAACUUGUCCUAAAGAUCUUGGAGACACCCAGUCUCCUGGCAGAGGGCUCAGCAGGUGUGAGAAGGAAUAAUAUAUUCAAUCAAAAACCUCAAUCUGAUGUCUCAACAAGUGGCUGUUGCUCAUGGUGAUUGGACACUAAGAUUGCAAUAUUUUCGUUACAUUUUUUCUCUAUAUAUUUUCGUUGCAUUUUUGCUCUAUAUAUUUUUUUAUUUUGUGCUGAUUGAUAUGUGAUUAACAGUCCAACACAAAUUUGUAAUGUUCUCUGUGAUUUCUCUCGUUAGUCUUUAUCUUUAUCCCAGCAAGCGUAGGUUCAUAUUUCCAGUUCAGAGUUAUAUGUGAAGUUUGUAUUAUUCU